AUGGCUCCCACUCUUCCGACUAUCACGCUUGACCAAACCCUCUUCGACCUCUACUCUCUCGAUGGAGGAAAUGGUCAUGAAGUCGGCUUCGUCAUGGCCGUGCCUCCCCCGGGGCCCCAAGUCGCGCCAUCCUUCCCGAAGCCGGUCAAGUAUGCGUACCAGUCCCCGAGGUACCCAAAGCUCGAUAACGACAUCUACGCUCGUAUCUGCCUAGGGUCCGCGGCUCAGUACCACGCUUUUCAGACUGGACCUAUUCCUCUUUACCUGUUCGACGUUGAGCCCCCAAAGAGCGGCUUCUUCGCCAAGCUCACCGCCGUGCCUGGUCAUCGCGAGGACGCCGAGCGUGUCUAUUCUCAGCUUGACCCUGCUCAGAGGCCCGAGGUCAGGUUCAUCAGCGUGCCGUCGGACAUCAAGAGAGCAGGUGACACCAAGCUCUUCUCAUACACCCCAUUGGAUAUCCUGGACGGCCGUACGUUGACUGUUGAUACCGACGUUCACUACAAGCUGCUCUCCAAGAGGACGUUGGCUUUUGCACCUCUGACUAGUCCUCGCUCGGAUGUUAUCGACUCGCAUCUGUCACAUGAGGAAGCCAAGGAUCCUCUUCUGGUCGCUUCAGAGGUGCAGAAAAUGCUCGCACCUAUUCAGAAGCGUGACUUGCCAUUUGUCGUCAAGGUCCCCCAAGCAGUUGGCGGCCAAGGUGUCUUCGUUCUCAAGGACGAGGCUGACCGCGCCGACUGCCUUGAGGGCCUCCAGGAAGAGACCGCCAGCAUGGUCCGGAGCGUCAAUGCCGCUAACGAGCAUCUGAACCCAGCCUGCCUGAUUCUCCAGGACAUGCUUCCGGGUGUCCCCCGUGGUCUGAAUCUCUUCGUCACGAAGACUGGGCGCUCCGUCUGGGUCAGCUGCACCGAGCCAAUUCUAGACGAGCGUAAUUAUUGGAGCGGCGCCUUUGUCGACUUCAAUCGCCAAAAGCACUGGGAGGAGUACUACGGUGAGACGGCCAAACAGAUCUCCAAAUAUGUGUUUGACCAGGGCUACUAUGGUCCUCUGGGGGCGGACAUCAUGUUGGAUGAGAACAACAAGCAGCAUGUCAUCGACCUGAACGUGCGGUUGACCGGGAGCUACAUCUUGGGGCUGAUGCGGAACCACUUCACCUCCCGGGGUCUGAACUGCGCCUCUCUCUUGACGCCUCUUGCUGUGAGAGGAGACCGCAAUGCCUUCGAGGCGCAAUUCUCCAAGGAGCUGGAAGAAGGCCGCCUUGUCAUCACCGGCUGGACUCAUGGUCGCGGCGGACCAGGCGGGAUUUUCAGGUACAGCAUUGGUUCCUUGGUGGUGGGAGGUGAGGAUCAGGCCUCCAUGCUGGCCAUGAUGGAUACAGUGAACGCUAUUCGCAUCCGCAAGUAA